AUGUUUGAAAAUUCCUGGCAAGACGUCAGUCAAUUUGCGAUGGUGCGUGUGCCGAGAUCCCGGCGAAAGAGCUGGGCGGAGACUUGCAUCGCAACCGUCUGUGGCAAGCGCUGCGGGCAAGAAGCCUGGGCUGCCAAUGUGCCCUACUGCGAGGAACACGCUGGCCACGGCGACCCGAGCUGUGCAGUGGCAGAGAUCCCCACGGUGGGCAAGAUCCUGGUAGCGGCACGGCCCCUUCCAAAGGGUUACCGGCUGGCGUGGUGGGGCCGGCGCUGUCGAAAGGCCGAGGCAAAGGAUCUCAGCCGGUGCUUUGAGUUGUCGAGGGGUUGGGUGAUCGACCCCACAGACCACCCUGGGAGUCUGCUGCAAUACUGCGCCGCCCCAGGCCCCAGUGAGGCCAGCACGCUGGCCUGCACGAGGAAGGUCCUCGCCACCACGCGUGCCAGCUUUGGGUCCUGGUUGUUUACGACGCGGCACAGCAUCUCCGAAGGCGAGCAGCUUUUAAUGCCCUACAGCAAGCCCUUCUUCAAGGAGAGAGACCUCCCGUGGGUGAAUGUGGGGACCGCAGCGCACCCGGCCCGCCGGCGCAAGGGGCUUCCGGUUGGAACGUUGCCGGCCAAAAGAGGACCUCCGCUGCAAGCGCAAAAGCAGCCGGUGCAGGAUGGUGCCUCCGGCUCACAAAGGAAGCCGAGCAGUUUGCUGAAGCGCCCGGUGCCCAAGUUUAGCACAUGGGCGGCAUGCUUGAAGGGUUGCUGCAAGUCUUUUUCCGUGAGAUGA